AUGCCGCCGCGCCGCCGGGGAGUUUCGGGCUACCGCGGCGACCGCGCGCGCCCCUCCGGCUCCUUCUCUGCCGACAUCCGGUCCGGCGACAUGCGCCUCGGCCUCGGCACCUUCGAGACCGCCAACGAGGCCGCCCGCACGUACGACGCGGCGACGUGGCGCCUCCGGCGGCCUCGUAGGGACAUGAACUUCCCGGAGGUGCCGACGCGGGAGCUGGCGUGGGAGCUCGCACCUCCCCGCGACUCAUCACCGACGAGGAUCAGCGUCGUCCUGGAGCAGCUAGGUGAAGCAUGGUCCUGGGAUACGCGGAAGCGACCGCUCAAUUUAACAUCGACCUAG